GUUAAAUUUAUGUUGCACAAACGUAAAGAGUUCAAAGUAGUCUCAUAAAUUUCUUGGGUGGAUUUUGGAUAUCUUGGAGCGUGGCUUAAAGCAUUUAAAAAAGCCAUAUAUCAUUGGAUCAGAGUGAGCCAGUAAUGGUCCAUGAAAGGUCAAGAUACCAUAAUCCGUAAAUUGCGGUUAAUGAGCAUGCGCACUUUAACGGGGGUUGAAAUCAAUAGAAUUCAAAGUCACGUGUUGAAUUAUCCACGGUUAAAAUGGCCAGUGCCGAGGCAGAAAAACUAUUAGUAUGUGGAAACAACCAUCAACAAAUGUAUGUUGCAUACGAAAUAAUCUGCAAAUACACCGCUUUUGAGCGAAUAGUUUUCUAAAUGUAAAAUCAAUAAGUGCAUCUCCCCCUUGCAAACUCCGGUCACCCCAACGCAUUUAGUGAUUCAAUAAAUUCUUACUUCAACGGUUUUAUACCAAAAAAUUGAAACACAUACGUAUUUAUUGCUAUGUGCUAUAAGUGCUUUACAUUGAUAUUCUACACAAAGACAUUUAUACUAAAUUGUUCUUAAAUAUAAAUUAAUAAAAACAGGUACAAUUUCCAGUGAAAAGCAUGAUUUUAAAAGCUUUACUUAGGUGUAGUAGAUAUUUUUUAUAUAGUCUAGAUUUGUUAAAUGAUUAAAAAAUUGACAGUAUGCCUCAAGAAUCGUCUUCAGCUGACGUCAUCCGAUUGGAACCGAUGGGCAGAUCGAAACAAGCGCAAAACGGCAACUUAAGACAGCAAGGAACCGAGAGCCCUUCACACCACAGAAACAGCCAGACUACCACCAAGAAGUCGCUCUACGAAAAUAAUGGAGUCGCGGCAUGCUCUCACAACAGAGCCCUAUGCAUUGCCACCAUCGUAUUUGCACUCCUAUUCACCAUUGCCAUCAUCAUCGCCUUCACUGGACCUCAGAGCGACUGUUCAUGCGCUGGAGAAAAGCCACCAAACUACGUGGACGAUGAGUGGAACAUGACACGACAAUUUAUCCCGCGUGCCACCAAUGGGCAAAUCUUCCCCUGGAACAAUAUUCGUCUUCCCUCCACAGUAAAACCAACUAGAUACAAUUUGACCAUACAUCCUAACCUCACCACUUUAGAUGUUAGAGGACAAAUAUCAAUAGAAUUUCAAGCUGAAAAAGAAACUCAAUUCAUAGUGUUGCAUAGCAAAAACCUAACAAUCGUAGAUAAGAUAAUACAGGAUAAACGCGGCCAUAAUCUUACCAUAGUCAAAAUGCUAGAAUACCUCGGAGCUCAACAAAUCUACUUAGAAAUUAAGGAGAAAUUUAGAAAACGGCACAAUUAUACAUUAAAAAUGAGAUUUAAUUAUAAGCUAAACAAAGAUUUCGAGGGUUUUUAUAUAUCUAGUUACGUAAACAAGGAAGGGGAAAGGCGCUACUUGGCUACAACCCACUUUGAACCAACCUAUGCCAGAGCGGCUUUCCCAUGUUUCGACGAGCCUCAUUUUAAAGCCAAGUUUAAAAUGACCAUAUUUCGGGAUCGGUUCCAUAUAGCUCUCUUCAACACACCAGUAGUUAAAACAGACGAUCUAGGCUUUUAUAUGGGCACAGGAUUAUUAGUUGAUGACUUCCAGGAAACGGUGGAGAUGAGCACCUACUUGGUAGCCUUCAUUGUUUGCGACUACAAGCAUAUUAGCAAUCAAACUGAGCGGGGUGUUUCUGUAUCAGUUUACACACCCACUCCGUAUAUUUCCCAGGCUUCAUUCGCGUUGACUACUGCCACACAUAUACUUAAUUACUUUGAAGACUUCUUUGGUAUUUCAUAUCCACUUCCGAAGUUAGAUUUAGUCGCAAUUCCUGAUUUUGCCACGGGUGCAAUGGAAAAUUGGGGUUUGAUCACUUACAGAGAAACCGCUAUACUGUACGACCCUCACGAAACCUCUAUCACUGCCCAUCAAUGGGUUGCCACUGUAAUAGCUCACGAAAUAGCUCACCAAUGGUUUGGAAAUUUGGUAACGAUGAAGUGGUGGAACGAUCUAUGGUUAAACGAAGGUUUUGCCAGUUUUCUGGAAUACAUCGGAGUGGAUAGUUUAUUUCCGGAAUGGAAAAUGAUGGAUCAAUUUAUCCGAGACAAAACCCAACCAGCACUAGCUUUAGAUGCUCUUACUAGUAGCCAUCCCAUUUCGGUCAACGUCUACGAUCCGGCCGAAAUUGCGGCUAUUUUUGAUACUAUAUCUUACAGCAAAGGAGCUGCCAUUUUACACAUGCUUAGUAAAUUUUUACCUCCAGAAACUCUUUCUAAUGGCUUAUACGACUAUCUUAUGACUUACAAAUAUAGCAUAGCUGAAACAAAGGAUUUAUGGAAUAUUUUUAGCAGAAACUCCAACCAAUCUCUAGAAGUUAAGUCUAUUAUGGAUACUUGGACGCACCAAAUGGGCUUCCCUCUUGUUACAAUCACCAGAGAAGAAAACGAAAUAAUUGCAUCACAAGAGAGAUUCCUCCUCACCAUAGAAAACGUUAAUAGUUCAGUACGGUCUAAACCAAAAUCGAAGUAUGAUUAUAAGUGGUAUGUUCCGUUGACCUACAUUACCAACAACGAUACUGAAAAUGCUCAGCAAGUAUGGAUGAAUAUGUCUGAUGUUCGCUUCGAGUUAAGUCCUGAAAUUAAAUGGAUUAAAGCAAAUGUCAACCAAACGGGCUUCUAUAGGGUUAUGUAUGACGACGAUAUGUGGCAAAAUUUGAUAAAUUUGCUGAAAAACCACCAUACCGCGCUCAGCGCUGCUGAUAGAGCAAGUUUACUGGACGAUGCAUUUACUCUAUGCAGAGCUGGCCUAUUGAAUGCAAGCGUGCCUUUAGAAAUGAGUUUGUAUUUAUACAAAGAGAGAGAUUACGUACCCUGGGCUACAGCUAUGGACCACUUCCAAUCGUGGGCUAGAAGGCUAUCGGAAAGCUUGUCGUAUAAAAUGUUUUUGAAGUACAUGCGACAACUUUUGACCCCCAUAACCAAUUAUGUUGGAUGGAAGAAUACUGGACCUCACUUGGAGAAGUUGUUGAGGACUGAUAUACUGUCAUCGGCAGUUUUAUGCGAGUUAAACGAUACCAUAUCCCAGGCCAAGCAGCAGUUUUAUAGGUGGAUGCAUAACAAUGAAUCUAUAGAUCCCAAUUUGAAGGAAGUAGUGUACUCGGCAGGCGUGAAAUAUGGCGGCAUUAACGAGUGGCAACAUUGCUGGAAUUUGUAUAAUACGACUAAAAUUCCGAGCGAGAGAAAAUUGCUUUUGAAAGCCCUUGGCGCCGCAUCAGAUCCUUGGUUGUUACAAAGGUAUUUGUUGGAAACUCUGGAUAGGAAUAUGGUUAAGCCCCAGGAUGUUAAAAUAGUGUUGGCGGUGGUAGCGGCUAAUCCGGAAGGUCGGUUGUUAGCUUGGAGACAUCUGAAAGCUUAUUGGCCAACGAUGCACUCACUAUUUGGCAAUGCCACCUUCAUGAUGGGUAGUCUCAUAUCAGCAGUUACUGCACAUUUAUCCACCCCUUAUGAUUAUUACGAAGUGUCGUCCUAUUUUAAUGGAAUGAACGUUGGAUCAGCUACAAGAUCGUUGGAACAAAGCUUGGAAAUAAUAAAGUUGAACAUAAACUGGGUCUCCAAAAAUGAAGAGGACAUAUACACCUGGCUACGUCAUGUAGUUAAAUAAAUUUCCAUAUAUAAACAAAAAAAAUGUGUGUGUUUUUGUUCAUAUCUAUGUAUAAUAUUGUAAUUUGUGUGAUCUAUAAGAUUUUUAUAUUUUUAUAUGUAUAUAUCGACUACCAUUACGUCUAACCUAAAUUUUAUGUUUCUAUUAUUAUUUUUCUACAUCUAUCUAUCUAUCUCUGACAAACCUAAUCUUUGUGCAUUUUUGUAUAAAUGUAAAUUUUAC